AGGAUUUCUCAAAAAACUCGAGUAACCUCUCUCCGCUUUUUUCUCACGGACGACUCCUUCAAUUUUUCUCGACUACAUCGUACAGGUUGGUAGUUGUACUUACAUCAAAUCAUUAACGUAGAGUAGAAGAUUGUUGGAAAGCCGAUUGUUGGAACACUAACACUAUCUUCAUCAAGUCAAAAUCAAAAACUUGUACUCUCAUCUCUCUUUUUGAGAUUGAGAAACUAGCAUCGACAACAUUACUACGAAGAGUGCUUGCGCUUCUACAACAACAUUUUUUUUGGUUGUUCUCCUUCCACCUAGUUUGAAGAUCAAAAAAUAUGUCGGCUAGAGGUGGUUUUCGCCCUGCGGACCGCGAACGCGGCGUGUCGCCACCGUCGGGAAAGACACAACCAGGACGAGCUUCUCAACAGGCCUCGCAAGUCCUUGACAGAAUGAAAUGUAAUGAUCCACUUUUUCUAGCUAUACAGGUGAAGCUGUUCUUGGAAUUUUUGGAUCAUCGCGAUGACGAUUCUGGGUGACUUGACCAUUUUUGAGGAAUCCAUUCUCUUUGAUAUUUAUCUGUAAAUUCGUUUAUCUAGGAUACAUGUAGUUGUUGACAAGUAUGUAGUUGAUAUCCAUCAUAAUCUUCAAUCGAUUGGAAUUUCUUCUAUUUUCCUUCCAAACACCACUCACCAGAUGGAGAAGGGGACCACAAGGCGGCAGCAGGCAGAGACUCAUCCGCCCCCGUUGAAAAUGUUGGAGGAGAGCUGCCCUCUGAGCGUCUUUUGCGAGUGCACAAUGAUAUGACGCAGGUGAUAGGGGCUAUCGAAUCUCUUCAGGCAGAAAAUCUGCGUCUCAGGCUCAAGGCCAUGAAAACUCUGCGCACUCUCUUCGGAACACUCUUUGCGGUACGCUACUAUCAGAAUGUUACUUAGUUCUUGUAGCUGUAAAUCUUUCUAUCUUUCUACUUAAGGCACUUUCUAUGUUCUGAGGACGAUUCUAAAGCUGAAGUAGUCGUUUCUCCAAAAAUAAAAUGAUUAAGUAAAGAGAAAAAACAAAUUGCUCGACUACUACCACCAACAUAUUUAUAUGAUUUAGAUUUUAAUACCGUUGUCAAGACACCAAAAAACCCUCAAAUCAGACUGACAACAAAGUGAAUCUGAAACACUUUUUUGGCGAGUGGAAGGAUCACUGGCACAUGCACAAACAAGCGCUUGCUGUGGACGGUGCGAUCGAGGAAACUCGUAAAAAAUCCGGUCUCGAGUACGAGUCUGAGAUUCAAAAAAAUUUGGUACAACUUAUUUUACUCUUAUUUCUUCUCUAGAGUCUGCUCCUGCAGUAAAGAUUUCUCAUUGAACAACAACGAUUUCUUUUAGUUCGUCAUGUCAUCGUGAUCGUCAUACUGUAACUACUAGUCGAAAAAUUUUGAAGAAGGAAGAUGCAGUUGAACAAGUCACUAACUUGAAAGUCUCAUCUUUUAUCUUUUUCUUCUUCAUGAACAGAAACAUUAACAUGCAGUUUCUCUUUCGCGAAACCAAAGAGUGGAGAACGAAUUGAUGAUCGUCGGAAUCAUACUAGAGUUGUUGACCAUGACGACCACUAGCACUAUCAAAUGCAAGUCAAACCUCUUCAGGAUACCCACAAAGAUGCAGUCCAGACGAUGAUAGAGGAGCACAACGACAAGAUGGAUGAGAUCCGAGACGCACACGCCCAAGAAAAGAUGGCCGCUGCCGGCAAGCUGCGCGCAAGCAUAUCACAACAUGAGGAUAAGAUGCAAGAGCUGCAGGACGAACAUUCAAAGAACAAAGCUGCAUUGGUAGCAUAUGUUGAAAUGAUAAAGAUCAUCACUAAUCACCCCCGAUAAAUCGCUAAAUCAUGUUGAAGAAUCCGAUAAGUUUGAGGUCUUUGAAGGAUAAAGAGCCAGAAUUUCUUCAAUAACAUCAACAUGAACUAUCAAAUCUUUUGCCAAAAUAACAGAUCCAGCAACAUCGUGAGUCGUUGAUGGCAGCACAUCAGAAACACAUCGAUACGCAAGAGGAAUUUGAUGCAGUCGUUGCGAAAAACGAAAGGGAGGUUGCUGAGCUCACAUUGGAAAAUAAGCAGGUACUACCUCGAAUGAUUUUUUUAGGAACUACCAAGAACCGGAAGAAUAAGAACAUGGAAGUAGAGGGACUAACUGUGCCUAUCAUUAUCGUUUGCCACUCUUCUACUGACGGGGUCACGACCAUCUGCAUUAAAUAGAGUUCUUUUUCCAUUCGAUGAAAAUGACAGACUCCGCCGUCAUUCACACUGAAACGUUCAUAGCCAUGAUAGACCUACCACCUUUCUUCCGUACUCAAUUUCGCAGCUUGAGAAGAAGCUUGCGAAGGCCCAAGCCAACGAAAAGAAGUACCGUCAGGGGUUGAAGAAUUUGCAGGCGAUACUGGGUAACCUCGAUCUGGAGCAAAUGUCCACUGACGAUUUGUCUAAGUCUCAGGGUGAUGCAGCCGGCAAGGAGAAGGACGCUGAUGAGGCAGAAUACAUGAAGGAUGCUUUGAACGAAAUCCUCGAACAAGUGGAUCCUCGCUACUUGGGCCGAUCGGCACCCGCCUAAGUACUCGAGAGAACAAACGUCGAGAUCAUGGACUUGGACAUUUUGUUAGUGGAAGAACUGGAUUUGGAACUGGAUACGAUCCAAAUUUGUGCUCAUUGUAUACGUAUCCAGUGAGGACUUGGUCUUCCAGCUAAGAUGAGCUGGACGAGGGAUUCUUUGCCGCAUGAAUGCAUCAUUUGAGGGGUUUAUAGGAUGCUAACGGUGAAUAAAAAAUUUUUUUUUUGUCGGGAAAAAGAUUUCAGCAAGUAGUGCAAAUAUUGAAUUGGUGUAAAAUCGAAAUCGUCAUAGAGUGGGCUAAGCGCAAGAAAAUCUUUGGACCAGUCAACACACAGCGAAAUCAACCACUAAGAUCGUCAAAAUAUGUGCUAUUUUUCGAUGAAUAGAGUGGGAACGUCGUGAACGGAGACGUGCAUAGAAGGUAACGCAUUUUCAACAACAGAAACGAGUAACAUAAAGACAUGCUUGAAACAUCAUCGUAAUUUCAUAUAUAAUCGCAUACUCAUACGUAAUAUAGUAUUGAAGAUGGGAAAGUAUUGAAAAAUCGGGAGCCUCUUGGCAUGUAAGUAAGAGAAAAUUGUACGCUUAAAACGAAAUUAUUCAUGGGGAAAACAGACAUUUUUAUCAACAAGUAGAUAAAGAUACGCAAACGCAUUUGAAUUUGUAAACGAUCUUGGGCUAUUGGGCAUCAUUCGACUAACCAUGUACAUUGGCAUUGGAAACGAUUGGGAAAUAUAUUAAAACCGAAACAUAUUGAUCGAACCUACCGACACUAGUCGUGAAACAUCCAGGGCUAUUCAAGAACUACAUAGCCAGUAGAUUGAGUCGUGCUUGCAGCAAAUCGACGUUAGAGCGUAUCAACUGGAGGACCAUCAAUGCGCGGCUAGGUACCUACUAGUUGCUUGAAGAAGAUCUGAGCAACGAUUUUCCGAGAACCGAUUUUCUAGUAAUUCUUUAGUCAUACGGAAUAAACAUCGCGUGGGAGGGAUGCUCAGGUUGAUGUUAGGGCGACGGAUGUCUUCUCAAGAAUAUGCGUUCGAUGAUAAAAAUUUGAGUGGGCAUCGGGGUACCUGGCUGCUUUUGCUUACAGCAAACCCCUGAAGCUGAUCUAUAACGAAGAUUUGUGGUUGUUCGUUCAUGGACGCGAAAGCUCGGGCUGAGAAGGAG